UUUCACUUCAGCCAUGGGGUUGUUAGUGUUCUCGCUUAGCUCUGUAGUCAUAAUGUUGAGUACGCAGGACUCAAACGCACAGACAACAUAUGAAUGUGGGGUGGCUCCUCUAAAUACACGUAUUGUGGGUGGCACCGAUGCCCCUGCAGGUAGCUGGCCCUGGCAGGUCAGCAUACAUUACAACAACAGGCACAUCUGUGGAGGAACACUGAUCCACAGCCAGUGGGUGAUGACGGCCGCUCACUGCAUCAUCAAUACUAACAUCAACGUCUGGACGCUGUACUUGGGGAGGCAAACCCAGAGCACGUCUGUGGCUAACCCAAAUGAAGUCAAAGUUGGCCUUCAGUCCAUCAUCGUCCAUCCAAGCUUCAACAACUCACUUCUCAACAAUGACAUCUCCUUGAUGAAACUGAGUCAACCGGUGAACUUCAGUCAGUAUAUUCGUCCCAUCUGCCUGGCAGCCAAUAACAGCAUCUUUUACAAUGGCACAUCCUGCUGGGCCACGGGUUGGGGAAACAUCGGCAAAGACCAAGCUUUGCCGGCCCCGCAGACUCUUCAGCAAGUGCAAAUCCCAGUUGUGGCCAACUCACUGUGUAGCACCGAGUACGAGUCAGUGAAUAACGCCACAAUCACACCUCAGAUGAUUUGUGCGGGGAAAGCGAACAAAGGAACCUGUCAGGGCGAUUCUGGAGGUCCAUUUCAGUGUAAACAGGGGUCUGUGUGGAUCCAGGCGGGCAUCACGAGUUAUGGGACGAGUGCGGGCUGCGCUGUGGGAGCUUAUCCAGACGUGUAUUCACGAGUCUCUGAGUUUCAGUCUUGGAUCAAGAUGAACGUCCAGGGAUCUGCCAUUGACUUUGUAACUUUUACAUCCAAUUGCACAGACGCCAACAUCACAUGCUCAAACACAGCCUCACCGCAUUUCACAUUCAUCUCUAAUUUCAGAAUUCUCUUCAUUACACUAAUCUCAAGCUUCCUCAUACUCAUGGUCACUUAAAACCGACUCUUGCAAACAUGCAAAUAUUAAUAUACAGACUCAGUAUUUUUCCAUCCACCUAUUUUUUUUGCACAUUUUUGCACAUUUUUAAUAAAUUACGGAUAAAACAAAAACACUUAAUGGAGCAUAAAUUUUUUAAAUGUGCAAAAAAAAGUUUACCAAAGCAGGAUCAACUUUUUAUAAGACAAAAAUGUGCAUAAACUAUAAUGGAAACACUGAAUAAUAUUCAGCAUGCACUUCAAGAAAGUAACAAAAA